AUGUGUCUCCUCAGUGUUAGUGCAGGAGCUUCCAAUGAAGCAAGUACUACGGAGUCCCCUGGAGGAGAAACAAUCUCAGUUGCAUCUACGACCUCCACGCCCGAGCCGACAACUGCAUCAGACGCCACUACAACUGCACCAGACGCCACUACAACUGCACCAGCCGCCGCUACAACUGCACCAGCCGCCGCUACAACUGCACCAGCCGCCGCUACAACUGCACCAGCCGCCGCUUCAACUGCACCAGCCGCCGCUACAGCUGCACCAGCCGCCGCUACAACUGCACCAACCGCUGCUACAACUGCACCAACCGCUGCUACAACUGCACCAAGCGCUGCUACAACUGCACCAACCGCUGCUACAACUGCACCAACCGCUGCUACAACUGCACCAACCGCUGCUACAACUGCACCAACCGCUGCUACAACUGCACCAACCGCUGCUACAACUGCACCAACCGCUGCUACAACUGCACCAACCGCUGCUACAACUGCACCAACCGCUGCUACAACUGCACCAACCGCUGCUACAACUGCACCAGCCGCAAGUGCUGCCGCAUCGACUGCUCCUGUGGAAGGCUGCGAAAUUAAAAAAAAUCAAUCUGAUGAACGCUCGUUUCAAACAAAUGCAAUCCAGGAGUGCAUUGUGCCUAGCAAGAUCCACACAAAAAUAACAAUGAAAUAUUGUCUUGCGUUAUUGGUUACACUGAAUGGAGCGAUCUAUUGCCAGGGGGCUGGUACGAAAGACAUCAUUACGCGGUGUCAGUGUGGUUUUCUGUUAGGACUUGGAUUGCUGGGACCCUUCCCCAACACAACAGACGUUGAGCAGGGUGGAACAUUUGUUGACACUUUCGGUAAUCCAUUGCUUGGUCUAUUUGGCGGAUUGGGAAAAAGCUUAGUUCUAGCAGGAGAGCGAAUCAACUUGGGUGCUGCUGGGACUAUUCCUCAGUGGUUUGUUGGGCUUGGUGAGAAAUUACGUGGUGCAAACAACUUUCAAAGUGCUUUCUGA